AACAAAGCAAAUUUGCGUUAGGCGCUGCGCAGUUAACAUCAAUAAAACACAGAAGGCAAACAAAAAAUGGACAAUGAAGCAACAGGUGCAGCUAUACAGCCCAGUGGACAGCAUGGCCACAACCAGGACACAGAGGAACUGCUCGAUCCUGUAUUGUUCUCGGACAACAAUGGUUCAUUUAAGUUGAAAACUGUGCCCGCAUUCAGCAUACAUUUGCUUAUCUCGACAAUAAUUUCGUUUGUGGGCAUUGGUCUCGCGGUGCUCUUUCCCGAGGAUCGCCGUUGCGAGGCCUACUUUAUAAUGCUUUACCUACGCGCCACAUUCUGGGUGAUCACAUUUAUUUUCGAUCAUAUUGUUAAGAAACAGCAUGACAACUUGCGCCUGAGUGGCUAUCAUGACUUCCACCGAGAGACGAACAUGCAAAAAGGCAUUCCACUGCAAAUAGUGUCGCUGUGGAACUCAAUGCUGUUGGCUGUACAGGCACUGAUCCAUCACUAUUACGGCGAUGAGUUUUAUACGCAUUGCGCAGCCGGCUGGCUUUCGCCCAUAAGCUAUGUAACUACUUUCAAUGUGGCGGAGAACUUACUGCUUGCUGUCACCCAUGGCUGCUAUAUAGAUAAGGUGCGUAAAUUCAACAAGGCCAAGCUGUCCCCAGAUGUUUUACGUGGAGCUGAUCGUGCCGGCGGCUCGUUGGGUCUCAUGCAGCCCGGUGGUGAUACAGCAGAGCUUCUUGAGAAACAAGCCGACCUUAUUGCCUAUUUGCGAGAUCAUACCCACAAGCUCAACCAGAAACUGCACCAAAUGCAAACGAAUGUGCGUCCAGUGCGAGUGCCACAAAUUCCUUAAGAUCCCGCAUGACGAAAAAUACGUAUUCCUUAUUAACCGCAUCGAACAUCAAACACAUGCUUAUGCAAUACACACAUAUUUAUAUAUAUAUA